AAAAGAGUCUAUAAAACCAGGGCAAGAAAUGUUGAAAACCCACUUACACUAGCCAGAGAAAAACUUGGAGCCGCCUUGUGAAAGGAUACCAAUCAAUAAUCACAAACCCUCUAACGGAGAAGAAGAGGAGACCAAGUUCUGGGAGGAGGGGCGUAGGUAGACCCCAUGUUACCAGGCGACAACAAGCCUGUUUGACAGUGCCCCGUCCCUUGCUUUCUCCUCUCUUCUCUUAUGCUGAUUAUUCUUUCUUUUCUUUUCUUUUUGAAGGGAUUAGUGUUGUUAAUGUGAAGUCCCUCCAAAACUCUUCGUCCAAACCAAGAGAACCCAACAAACACACAACACAACAGAAUUCAGAAUCCGAAGGUACAAAAAACUGAUGACACUGAUGGAAAGAAAGUACACCAGCAAACCAAAACAAAGCCAACCCAUUUCUCUACGUUUUUGACACACACAGACAUAAUCCUCUGCUUUGGUUUUAUAAAUCUCUACUUUUUCUAGUUCUUCUCCCUGUUCUUGUUCUAGUUGUUAUCGAGAAUAUGGACUGCUGGUCUCCUCUCACAAUGGAUGAUGAAUUUGAGAAGCUUGUAAUUCGAAUGAACCCUCCAAGGGUUACAGUUGAUAAUGCCUCAAGCAGGACAGCCACUUUGAUUGAGGUUGAUAGUGCUAAUAAGCGUGGUAGUUUGUUAGAGGUGGUUCAGGUUUUGACUGAUUUGAAUCUUUUAAUCAGACGAGCUUACAUUUCUUCAGAUGGAGAAUGGUUCAUGGAUGUGUUUCACGUUACAGAUCAACAUGGGAAUAAGUUAUCCGAGGAUGAUGUGGCUGAAAGAAUUCAACAGUCACUGGGACCAAGAGGACCAAGCUUCCGAUCCUUGAGACGGUCUGUGGAUGUGCAAGGAGCUGCGGAGCACACAACUAUUGAAUUGACAGGAAGAGAUCGACCAGGCUUGCUUUCAGAAAUUUUUGCUGUUCUUGCUGGCCUCAAAUGUAAUGUGGUGGCCUCAGAAAUAUGGACCCACAAUUCAAGAAUGGCAUCUGUUGUUUACAUCACUGAUGAGGCUACUGGAUUGCCAAUUGAUGAUCCUGAUAGGCUCACUAAGAUCAAACAACUUCUCCUAUGUAUUCUAAUCGGUGAUAGAGAUAAACGAAGUGCCAAUACAGCUGUGUCCGUGGGUUCCACUCACAAGGAGAGGAGGCUGCAUCAGAUGAUGUAUGCUGAUCGUGAUUAUGACGUGGAUGAUGCAGAUUGUAGCUCAGCAAGUGAACGCAACCGUUUUGUAACGGUGGAAAACUGUGUAGAUAAGGGUUACACUGUUGUGAACUUGAGGUGUCCAGACCGGCCGAAGCUAAUAUUUGAUACAGUGUGCACGUUAACUGACAUGCAAUAUGUAGUAUAUCAUGCAAUUAUCAUAGCUGAAGGACCGGAGGCUUGCCAGGAGUAUUUUAUUAGGCAUAUGGAUGGGUCCCCAAUUAAUUCCGAAGCAGAGAGGCAAAGACUAAUUAAUUGCUUGGAGGCUGCUAUUAGGAGGAGAACUUCUGAGGGCGUAAGAUUGGAACUUUGUUCUGAGGAUAGGGUCGGCCUUUUGUCUGACGUGACUCGCAUUUUUAGGGAAAACGGUCUUUCAGUCACUCGAGCUGAGGUUACUACCAGAGGUUCCCAGGCUGUGAAUGUUUUCUUCGUCACUGAUUCAUCAGGACAUCCAGUGAAGAGUGAAACUAUUGAAGCAGUUAGAAAAGAGAUCGGUUUGACUAUACUUAAUGUGAAUGAUGAUGCUUACUCGAAGUCUCCGCCCCAGGAACGUGGGUUAUUGUCUUUAGGUAAUAUCUUUCGAUCAAAGUCAGAGAAGUUCCUUUAUCACUUGGGUCUAAUAAAGUCAAAUUCUUGAGCUGUUCAAUGGCUAAACUAGGCUGGUCAGCCACGUAAAUGUUGGAUAGUUUGACUUAGUUGCACAGGUUGUUCCUUAGAGCUUCAGUUCACUUCCCUGUUGAUCUUGGACGAGGCAUGAAAGUUGCAAUCAAAUUUGAAUUCGUAAAGCUUGUUGUAAAUAUCUUGUUCGAGCUUCCUUGUCCCAUGUGACUUUGUAAAUAUUGUUAUACUGGCUCAAAAACUUCAUCCAAAAUGCAGCGCUGAGGGUCAAUAUUCUGCGUGAUGGUUUAAGCGCUAUGAUCAACAUGAUUUGCAUUUUGGAUCCUGAUGUUAUGUAAAGGCUCCUUUAGUGCAGGAUGCAUUGCAGAUUUGAUUUUAUUGGAUCAUUGAAUUUGAGAGUGGUGAUUCCAUCGCACAGCUGUGCAUUAA